AUUUCCCACUCGGCCACUCCAGCCCCCCGCAGCAUCCGCCCGAUCCGCCGCGCGGCUGCUUGGCUGUUGGCUCCCACCACACCUUGGCGUGGCCGUGGCGCGGGUGUUGGAUCCGUCCGGUCAGCGCUGGCGUCACCCUCCACUCCCUCUCCUUCCGCCCUUGCCUCCUCCUCCGCCUAAUGCGAUCCGACGCGCGCCACCACCACCUCCUCCUCCGAUCCCGCAUGCGCCCGGUCCACCGCGCCUCGCCUCGCUGACCCACGGGGGCCACCUGCUGCUGGUGGUGGUGGACGGACGGAGUUGUCCGCGACGGUCUCCCACUUUCCGCCUCUUCCCCACCACCAUCGUUCUCCUUCUCUUCUCCCUCUCCCACCUUUCUCCCCCCGCGCGCCCGAUCCUUCCCUUCCCCCAACUCCCUCUCGCAUUUCCCAGCUCGGAUCCUCUUCUGACUUCUCUCUCUCUCUCCGUCUGUCUCUCUCCUCUUUCGAGGUCUUCAGUCUUCAGUGUUCUUGACGACCUUGCUGCUUCUUGCCUCUGUUUCGCCUCCUACUUGCCGUCUUCUUCUUCUUCUUGCUGCUGCUGCUGCUGCUGCUGAAUUUUUCUUCGGUCAGUUAGUCGGUCAGGCCGGUGCCGGUCUGGGAGCGAUUCCGCCGGACGCACGCAUCAACAGUGGAGGGAGGGGAGGGGAGGAGCUUCCCCUUUUUGAUCUAGCAAGUCGUCGUCUCCAAAAAUACACUUUUUUUUGUUGGGUCUUUGGAACAAAAGGGUCUCCUCCUUUUGAUCUUUCUGUCUCAUCACUAAAUUAGCAAAGCUUUGUGCUUCGCGGCGAUCUCUUUUCAGCUAAUUCAGUCUCUGUUGAUAGCUUCGUUGCCCAAGAGAGAUCCCCCAUGUCAGAGGCGAGCGGAUGACACCGCAAUUCGGGUCCGGUUCUUCCGCCUGAGCUGCAGAAUUUUAAGCUUCCUCCGUGGUGCCGCCAUGGAUGCCCUUCCUGACGCCGCCGACGCGGCGCAGUUGGCGGCGGCGGCGGCGCCGCCGCAGAAGCGCGACGAGUGGAGCGAGAGCGGCAUUGUGCGGCUGCUGGAGGCGUACGAGGCCAAGUGGCUGCUGCGGAACCGCGCCAAGCUCAAGUGGAGCGACUGGGUCGACAUUGCCCACGAGGUGUCCGCCCACUGCGCCAUGGAGAACGCCGCCGCCACGGGGAAGCCCGGGAGCAGCACGGCCAAGACGCCCAACCAGUGCAAGAACAAGAUCGAGUCCAUGAAGAAGCGGUACAGGGCGGAGUCCGCCGCGGCGGCGCGCGCCGGCCCCGCCGCCGCCGGUGCUGGCCCGUCGUGGCGGUUCUUCGCCCGCAUGGACGGCUUGCUCAAAGGCCCCGCCGGCUCCGGCCAGCCGCAGGCGGAGUUGAGCAACAGCAUAGACCUGCGAGCUCCUCCUCCUGCAAAGGUUGAGGUCGAUGUCGAUGCAGAUUUCGUCAGUCAGUUAGCUGAUGCAGGGCCGGGUGCACUUUCUGAAUUGGUGAGUGCAUAUGCAAACGGCUCGAUUCAAGAGAAAUUGGACAAGGUUGAGAACAGUGGGCAUGUUGAGGGGAGAGCUGCAGAGAGUGAUGUCAAUGUGAGCUCUCCGAGGAUCAAGGAGGCGAACGAGGAUGCCGAGGAGGUGGACAAGGUAUGGGACAUGUCCAAGAAGAGGAAGAACACGGAGUUUGAUAUCGCGAAGAGCAUCGAGUUGCUGGCAAGCUCAUUCUUGAAGAUUGAGCGCGCAAGAAUGGACCUGUACAGGGAAACAGAGAGGAUGAGGGUUGAGGCUGAGAUUAAGAAGGGUGAGAUGGAGCUCAAGAGGACAGAGAUUAUGGCAAAGACGCACUUGCAGAUCGCUAAGCUUUUCGCAAAGAGAUUGAAGGAGUGCAGCAGCAAGACUGGUGGUAGCUCAUCUGUAACAGCUGAAGUGGACAACCAUGCCAAGAAAGGAGAAAAUGGUUCAGGGUGAUUGAAACACCAACCGAUCGUCCAGAAUCCAGAAAGCAGGCUUGUAGUUUUUGGUGUUCUUGUGCACCAAAUGUAUGUCUUUGAUUGAUCCGACUUCACCAUGUACGAAGAGAUAGUUAGCUGUAAAAGUAAAAUGCAAUAAAUGAUAUGAUUGUCCCCAUUCAGUGGGGGAUUAUAGAAGCAGUUUUAGAAUCAGUAACUAGCCUGAAGAAAGUUGUUGAGUUCCUUUUGUUAAUAUUUUUUGACUGACAGCCAUCGUAUGUAUCAUUCUACUUUUUUUAGAUAAUGGAUUUUCAUUAAUCCGGCCUCUAGAUCCACAAAUGA